UUUACCCUCAUCAGAUCCUGUGCCUAUGUUCCCAGCAUCUACAACUUCCCUGCUUGGCCACACAGAUCAGGACUCAGCUGCAGAACCAUGUCUCCAGUCUCACCAGCUUUCUUCUGUAUUGGCCCACUUCCCAAGCCUUCACUCCAGGCUCACCCCAGUUCCCUGGUACCCCUGAAGCAUUCAGUCACCCUGCGGUGCCAGGGGCCUUCAGAUGUGGAUUCAUACCGUCUGGAGAAACUGAAGUCUGGGCAGUAUGAAGAUCAAGACUUUCUGUUCAUCGCAACCAUGAAAAUGAAUAAUGCUGGACGUUAUCGCUGCUCCUAUCAGAAUGGGAGUCUCUGGUCUCCCCCAAGUGACCAGCUUGAGCUAAUUGCUAUAAGUGCUUUCACUGAGCCCUCACUCUCAGUUCAUCCCAGCUCAACAGUCACUCCAGGCAGCGACGUGACUCUGACUUGCAACACCCAAUAUGGUUAUGAUGGAUUUGCUUUAUACAAAGACGGGGAUACUAGGCUUUAUAAGAGACUGGAGUCAUGGUACCGGGCCAAUUUCCCCAUCAUCACAGUGACUGCCACUCACAGUGGGACUUACCGGUGUUAUUCCUUUUCCAGUACAUCUCCAUACCUGUGGUCAUCCCCUAGUAACCCCAUAGUGCUUGUGGUUACAGGACCCUCUGCCACUCCCAGCCAGGUACCCACAGAGGCGCCAUCUCCCACAACAGAAGCCUCACCCGUAAACAAACUAUCUACAACUGAAAAGUCCAUGAACAUCACCAUUUCUCCAGAGGUAUCAAGCCCCCCAUUUGGUUUUGCUCACCAGAAGUAUGUCAAGGGGAAUCUAGUCCGGAUAUGCCUUGGUGCCACAAUUAUAGUAUUCUUGGUGGGGGUUCUGGCAGAGGAUUGGCACAGUCGGAAGAAGCGCCGGCCACACAGGAUCAGGGCUGUUCAAAGGCCACUACCACCCCUCCCACUGUCCUAGAAAUAAAUAACAUGGCUUGCAGGAUAAGGAUUGAGCAGAUUUUCACAAGCAUGGAUAUUACCAUUAGAACUCAGACAUGGACAUAUUCAGGAAUGAGGAAGUCAUAUAAAGAGUAACUGCACAGAAUAAAUACGAAGGCUGAGCCAACAAGGCAGUAUGGAGUGCCAUGAGCCUUCUUAGUGCUCAAUCAAGCAGUUGAGACAAUGCUACUUUGCUCUAAGAACUCCACAAUAGGGUGGAAAAAUCUAGGGGAAGGCUAUCUCUUUUCUGAUAUCUUGCACAUUAUAGACUUCAUAAUAUUCCUGUGUAAUGGCCCU